AUGCUGAAGGUGUUCGCUCUUGCUCUAUGCUUCUCGAUCUCCAUUCAAUCGGAUCUGAAGACUGAUGCUGAUGAUUCUAAGACGAAGGAAGAUUUUGAGCUCGAAAAGCUAGCGGAAAAGGUACUCCGCCCAUACGUCGAUGGUUACAAGAAGGCCGUCUACGACAAAAAGUGGGAUGAAGUGGCCGCCUAUUACCACCCCGAGGCGUUGCUCAUCGACAGCGGCAAGACCCUCCACCAUACACCGGAAGUCAUUGUCAAGACCAUCAAAGCCAACCGUGAGGCCCUAGGAGAUUCGCAGACCGUGACGACCAACGAGCGUUUCUCUGGAGGUGGUGAUGUCUUCCUCUACCGUAACAUCUGGACCCUCAACAAUGGAAACGAGACCCUUACCGGCCCAUAUCUUCAGAUCUGGAUUCGCGACAGUGGAAAGAUCAAGCUCUACCACGACGAGUUCUCGUUCACCGAGCGCAAGCCCAACGAUGCC